CUAUGCAAAGGAUUUUUCCGCAGUUCUGAGGAAUCUUUCGUGAACGAAACACCCAACCGGAAAAUUUCUCCACAUCUGGAGUUGAACAGUUGAAGUGAUCAAUCAAGAAAAAUCUCCUGUUGGACAGUGCAAGAACUAACGGAAAUCAUCCAGCAAUAUGGAUGAUCGUACUAUCGAUACGAUUUUCGCGGGGUCGCUGGAAAAUUUGCCCCCAGUGAGCUCCAAAAUCGUUCGCAUUUUUACCAGCUCGACGUUCACAGAUACGACCAUGGAAAGAAACAAUUUAAUGGCUAAAUGUUACCCCCGGAUUAAGGACUACUGUCGAGAGAAACAUGGGUUAGAAUUCCAGGUGGUUGACAUGAGAUGGGGCGUAAGAGACGAAGCCACCGAUGAUCACAUGACCACUGAACUGUGCAUGCGUGAGAUCAAAAAUUGCCAACGGCUUUCGAUGGGUCCGAAUUUUGUUGUAUUCCUGGGUCAAAAGUAUGGCUAUCGCCCUAUACCUACCUAUAUCCUGUCAUCGGAGCUACAGUUGAUAAGAGAUGAUCUCGCGGCUAUGGGUAUUGAUGUCUCACUUCUGGACUUGUGGUACAAGAAAGAUAGCAAUGCUGUACCUCCAAUCUCAAUUUUGCAACCAAUCUCAUCAAUCCUGACUAACUUUAACAAUAAGAGAGUUCCCAAAUUACAAGCGGAAGAUCAGGCAGUUUGGUGGGAUACCAUGACAAAAAUGCAAAAACUGUUUCGCAAAGGAGCUGCUUCGCUAUUUUCGCAAGGGAAACUAGACAAAGAUCAAACUCAUAACUAUUUCAUGUCUGUCACUGAGAGAGAGGUUAUCAACGGUGUUCUGAAUGUAAAAAAUACCAAGAACCAUUGCCUGGCGUAUCUACGCUACAUCAACAAUAUAAAUCUACAGAACUUGAAGAAAGCAUCCUUGUACGUGGACAUACUGAAUCGUAGCUUGGACACAGAAGCCUGCAAACUGCUUGCUGAUCUCAGAGAUGUCCGCGUACCAAAUCGAAUCGAGGCAUCCAACCUCCAGAAGUACACUAUCGAAUGGAUCGGCCGCGAAGGGUUGGAUGUCGAAACCCACGAGGAGUAUCUGAAUCAUUUCAUUACACAUUUCUACAAAAAUAUUGUUAAACUUGUAGAUCGUGCCAUGCGGAAGGAGGACUCCAGUGCCCAGGGUCAGAUUGUCACUGAGAUACUGCAGCAUUUGCACGCCUGCAAUAACUCGGUCAAGGUGUUCUACGGACGUGAGGAACAGCUGAAGCGAAUUGAAAGCUAUAUGCUGGGAACAUGUGAUAAACCUUUGGUUUUGUAUGGCGAGGGAGGUUGCGGUAAAACAUCUCUUUUGUCAAAAAGUGCUGCUUUAACAUUCACCGAAUGGUUCGCUGAUGUUCGACCGAUCAGUAUCAUACGGUUCCUCGGAACAACUCCAGACUCUAGUGCACUGACGCCUACUUUGAUUUCAAUAUGUCAACAGAUAUCGUAUAAUUUCAUGCUACCUUUCGAUCAAAUACCAGAUGAUUUAGUUCCGUUAACAGCACAUUUCAAGCAGCUUCUGACCUAUGCUAAUAAACAACAACCUUUAUUACUAUUCCUCGAUUCAGUUGAUCAACUGACAGGAACACAGGAUUCCAGCAAAGUUUCUUGGCUACCAACUCGUUUGCCGCCACAUUGUCGGAUCAUUGUUACAUGCGCUGCGGAAGAAUCCAACCCAGUAGUUUCCCAGGAGUACCAUUUGCUGCGCCGGAUGAUCGACAUCGAAGACAACUUCAUCGAAGUGACGGCAUUGGGCGAGGACCUUGCAAUGAACGUGAUCAAGAUGUGGAUGGCAACUGCUUGUCGGGAUCUCUCCAAUUAUCAGUGGCGACUCGUAGCAAACGCGAUCGGCAAAUGCUCUCUACCGAUUUUCGUCAAACUCGUGUUUGCCGAAAUCUGUCGAUGGAGGAGCUACACACGGCCACAGGAUACCCAUCUGGCUUCGACCGUCAUGGAUAGUAUUAUGAUGCUUUUUGAGCGUAUUGAAAAGCAGCACGGACGAAUCCUAGUAUUCCACGCACUGGCUUACAUCACUGCGGCAAAGUCAGGCCUUUCGGAGAGUGAGCUGGAAGAUUUGAUCUCACUGGAUGAUCGGGUACUGGAUGACGUCUAUCAGUACCAUUUGCCCCCAGUUCGGCGUAUUCCUCCAUUGUUGUGGACGCGAAUCCGUAAUGACCUGCCCAACUAUCUCAGUGAACGGGAAGCAGAUGGAGUCAACGUCAUGAACUGGUACCAUAGACAGUUCAGAGACACCGCCAAGGAACGAUACUUUAAGAACAUGAAUAUGGCAAUCUAUUUUCACUCAAUGAUCGCCGAUUAUUAUCUUGGAAUCUGGGGCGGUAAACCGAAACCAUUCAAGUACACGGAGAUCCAAAGGCAUCGUUUCGGUCUAACGGACAAAGAAGGCAUUGCUGACAGGAAGGUUCCUAUUCAACCGCUAGUUUUCACUAAUAAGGAAGGCAAGGUUACCCGCUAUAAUCUGCGAAAGUUCGGAGAGUUGCCUUUCCAUUUGGUGCGAUCGAGACGAUUCACUGACCUGUACGAAAACGUGCUCUUCAACUACGACUGGUUACACGCCAAGUUGUCCAGUUGUCCCUUGCAGGCCGUGCUGGCCGAUUUCGAAGAUGGUUCGGUGAAUAUUGACGAUAAAGAUGCCAAACGUGAGCUUAUGUUAGUUGCCGAUGCCCUUCGGCUAGGCGGUGCUAUUCUCGGUGUCUAUCCCAACAUGCUGGCGGCGCAGUUGAUCGGUCGUUUGCUGCCCGAAAUUGGCGGAAAUCCCAACAUUAAGAUGUUGCUUGAAGCUUGCGAUAAGUCCGGUCCUAAAGACUCUGCCCUCAUCCCAUUGAACCACUGUCUCCACACACCGGGUGGCCCAUUAAAGUACUCCUUGGAGGGACAUCAGUUUGCGGUGUUUGGGUUCUGUCUUACCAGCGAUUAUCGCUACAUGGUGUCGAUUUCGACGCGAUUCAUCACUUGGGAUUUGUCCACUUCCGACCUGACGCGUGACGUGAAUCCGGGUAUGGAGGGAAUUAUGCAGCAGUUAGUUCUCAGCCCGGAUAAUAAGUGGGCUGCCGCUUACACAAACAACAGUCAGAGCGUGCUGCUCAACAUGCUGUCCAGCGAGUUCUCGAUCAUAGAAAACCCAUUCGAUGAGGAAGAAUCCAUUACCGGACUAUACCUGCUAAACAAGAACCUUUUCCUACAUACGAAACUGCGCUACGCCUAUUACGACAUGCGAGGAGCUUUGAUCGAGAAACAGAAACUCGAGGAUGUUACAGAUGAGUGGGAACUGUUAUUUAUGGAAUUUGUGUCCUUCACUGAUUUCUUCGCAAUAUUGUGGUCUGGUGCCAUAAACGAUACCAGACUAAUGCUAUACACCAGUAAAGAGAAUUUAAAAAUUCCCAUGAUUGAAAUGCACAGCGUUGUCACAAUGAAGAAAGACAGGAAGACGAUGUAUUGUUGUCAUCAGGAAAAUCUUUACCAGGUGAGCGAAUUCCAGUACGAAGAAAACGAGGAGGAAAAAACAGCUGAAUGGAGACACGUGCGCGAUUUGCCACGCUAUGAGAAUGAUGUCAAGGAGAUGGCUCUUCAGCUCAAGAUGGAUCAAAACGAUCGAUUUCUGUUGGCCAGCACUGCCAAUGGGUUCGUCGUUUGGGAUUUCGACCAGGAAGAUCCCAUCUCUGAGGAAGCCAUAUAUCUUGCAUUACCCCAUGGCGUACGCAACAUUUCCACCAAGAUGACCCAGUCGAAUUCGGUUAUGAUCAGCUCCAAGGUGGAUUACGCGGUUGCUGGCGUGAGGAAAAGCUUAUACGUUUGGUGUGUGAAAACAAAACAACUGAUGAAAGUCUUGGAUGCACAUUUCGGGAGAAUCAUGCAACUUGAGGCACUCACUAUUGGAACAUGGAACAGUGUUAUAACAUCCAGCAUUGAUCGCUCGGUUAAAAUCUGGAAUAUCAACAACAUUUUUGAACAGGUUCAUGUGAUUGACAGGCAUGAGCUGCAAAUUGAUGGAAUAAGCCUUUCAGAGAACGGUGAGCUGGCAGUCACUGUUACACGGUGCUGCGUUGGCGUCUGGGAAAUACGAACUGGUCGAUUGCUGGCAAAGCUUGCGGACAGCCCACUGGGAGCUAUCGUGACGCACGCCGAAAUCACACCGGACGGCCGAUACAUCAUAUCAUCGGAGACAGGGAAAAUCCUGAUCUGGAACAGGGUAACCGAGCAAGUUCUUUCGCGGGACUCUCAACCGGGCAUACAACAGUUGAACUUCUUGGAGAACGGGGAGAAAUUCUUAGCAGUUUCCUGUCCCAAUGCUACGAACGCAUCUGCUUCCAGCGCUGGAGGCGAUGAGCAGAAGCUGAUGGCGCACGUCAAAGUUCGCAGUAUUCCGGAUGGGCAAAUGAUAUUCAAUUUCGAAUAUCCCGUUCGAUUGGUUCCAGGAUUACCAUUCCGAUGUGCUGUGGUGACAGCUGAUGGUCAGCAUAUAGUUUGUGCUUCCGUGGACAAGAACAAUAAAGACUCGGUCUGGGUAUACAGUGCCAUCAACGGAACCCACGAGCACAAGAUUUCGUUGAAAGGAUGCAAUAUUAAAGAAGUUGCCUCGUUGCUUCCACUUCCGCAUAAACCCACGCAAGUGGCGGUCAUUACCAACGAAAAAGGAAGCAUUAUGGACAUUAAAACCAGAAAACAUGUUCGUUCCAUUCCGAAAUGGGGCGGCACGAGCACGAAAGAUGGCAAAUUCGGUCUUUAUGCUCCAUCUCGGGGAGGACUUGAACUGUUGGAACUCAAGAAAGGUUCAACAGUGAAGACCUUCAUUCCAAAAGUUGCCGAAGGAGUUUUCACGGUCAUUUGCAUGUUUACGGAUACGGAUGAGUAUGUUCUGUACUACCACAGUGGUAGAAAAACCUUGCGAGUAUUCCGUACCAGCGAUACUGAAAUGAUCGCCAACUACCGUAUGCAGGCCGAACUCACGGCCAUCAAAAGCACUUCGGAUGGUAAAAGUCUAGUCCUGGGCACGGUUGAUGGUUGUAUUUCCGUGUUGGCCAUAGCUGACCAAGAAAAGCCCGAAAUGCAAGACUUCCUCAAGCAAUUGCCUUCGCGUGAUGCAAAUUGGAAAAAGAAACUUGCAAAACAGAAGGCAUCUGCCAGGUUCAAAGCCGCGAUGAGAUUGGCAUCCAUCUCAACUCGAUUCGGAACACCGGUAGAUGAAGAUGAGGACGACGAUGAUAAAGAUAAUGAUGAUUAAACACUUAAAGAUACACAGUACACAUAGUACGUUACAAUCUGUUCUAACCUUUGUUACCUAAAGUUGUAUUGUAAUAAAAGUAUGUUAUUGAAAUGAA